UUAAUAGCUAAUAUGCUGCUAUUCGUUUGUCUGAAAGAGAGAGCGUCUAUUGUUUGAGAGUGUUUUGCUGUUGCAAAGGAUUGUGGGUAGUGUAGUUGUAAAUGGCGGGUGUUAUCGCUUAGGAACAUGGUGGUAAAACUACAAUCCCCAUGCAGCACUUGGGCUGAAAGACGCUCUUGGUGAAGGUUUGCUGAAAGCAUCACUGGUAAUGUUUACUUCUUUGCAGCGACUGUGUGUGACUGUGUGUGUUUUUCGUGUUGGAGGAACAGAUGCGCUGUGUAACGCCGUGAAUUUUUCUCCUCGGCUCGGGUUGUAAGAAACGGAACUGUCCGGUUUGACAGCGCGCCGGUGAGCAAAGCGGAGGAACAAGAAGAAGGAAGAAGAAAAGGAGAAGCUGCUUCUGAAGCAGCAGCAGCAGCAGAGAGAGAAAGAGAGAGGAAGCCUCCAGCGUUUCAUGAUGGCGAUGUUCCGCAGUUUUGUUUCGGCUGCACAACUCAGACAACCUCAUCCUCAGCCUCAGCUGCAGCACGGAGAGAGUCUGGAGAGCCAGUUCUCCUGCCCCAUCUGCCUGGAGGUCUAUCACAAGCCUGUCAGCAUCGCCAGCUGUGCACAUACGUUCUGUGGAGACUGCCUUCAGCCGUGUCUCCAGGUGACGUCUCCACUCUGCCCCCUGUGCCGCAUGCCUUUCGACCCCAAGAAAGUGGACAAAUCUUCCAGUGUAGAGAAACAGCUCUCCUCUUAUAAAGCACCAUGUCGAGGAUGCAGCAAAAAGAUCACACUCAUUAAAAUGAGGUCCCACAUUACAUCUUGCACGAAGGUGCAGGAACAGAUGGCCAACUGCCCAAAGUUCAUGCCUGUUGUUCCUACAUCACAGCCCAUUCCCAGCAAUAUUCCAAACCGAUCGACGUUCGUGUGUCCGUAUUGCGGAGCUCGAAACCUGGACCAACAGGAGCUGGUGAAGCACUGCAUGGAAAACCACCGCAACGACCCCAACAAAGUGGUGUGUCCCGUGUGUUCAGCCAUGCCCUGGGGAGACCCCAGCUACAAGAGCUCCAACUUCCUGCAGCACCUUCUGCACCGGCACAAGUUUUCCUACGACACAUUUGUGGACUACAGCAUUGAUGAAGAGGCCGCACUGCAAGCGGCACUGGCCCUCUCUCUGUCUGAAAACUGAGAGUCCCGCCCCAAUAGCCUCCACCAAUCACCGAUCACCAAUCCAAACACCGCAACCAAUCACCAUCACUUACCCCAACUUCUGUAACCAAUCAGAUUUCUCUCCAGCUUCUUCAUGCUGCAGACAUGAAAAAACACCCCAGAGCGUCAACAGACCUUUUUUUUUUUAAUCUCCUCAAACCUCAGUACACCAGGUAGACCUCACGGCUGCUUCUGUUCCUGGUGUUACAGUCGCAUGGCGUUGAUCACAUGACUCCCAUGUUUCGCCGACUGUGGUGGAGCACGCUCAAUAAGAACAACGUCACAUUCUGUAACUGCUUCCUCGCUGUAAAAUAAAAACAAGCUUCAGUCGAGGUUUGAGGAUGAAGAGAAGAAAAAAAACUCUAUUCCACCAUCACCAUCGGA